CAGUUGCUAUGGUGAUAAUAACCACACCCACAAAAGAUGGCGGCUAAACCAUUGAAUAUUAUAACACCAAGUGAUGAUUUACCUCCUCAGAAACUAAAGGAACUGGUAUUGACGGAGCUGAAAGCCCCGACUGUAUUUAAAGGAUUUAUUGGAGAGAAAUGGGCCGAGGCGUUGACGUGGAGCCCACAUGUUAUGUCAGAGAAAUUGAGUGAUGUCCGUACAAGAUUUAAAGUGUGUCCAAAAGUUGGUACAUUACAACACAGAGAGAUACUAUCCACUACUGACGUUGUAUAUGAAACUCACUGUGAGUAUGUUGAUGCUUGCUUUUCGGAUUUUAAUAAAUGGCUACAAACAGAAAUUGAAGACGAUGAUGAAACUGUAUGCCCUCCACCACAAAAGAUCAUUAAAAGUAAUGAUAAAAAUCCUUUCUCAUCAGUACCACGCUCUAUUUACUGGGUAUAUGCAGAUUAUAAGUACAUGAAUGAAUUAUGUUCAGAUCAUUUGGAUAUCAUUGAUGCUGUGGACUGGAGUGUGUUUGGAUUUGACACUAGAAAUGGAUUAUCUUCUACACUUUGGAUUGGAAGUGAAGGAGCCUCAACCCCUUGUCAUUAUGACACUUAUGGAUGCAAUUUAGUAGCGCAGCUAUGGGGCACUAAAGAAUGGAUAUUGUUCUCUCCCAAUGAUGAUCAUAAAUUAUAUCCAACUCGUGUUCCUUUUGAAGAAUCAAGUGUGUUCAGUCGUGUUAACAUAAAAUCACCUCAAAUCAAUAAGUAUUGUGAUUUUCUCAAAGCAACACCAUAUAAGGUAGUCCUUUCUCCUGGUGAUGUUCUGUUUGUACCUCAUCAUUGGUGGCAUUAUGUUGAAUGUCUAGAGCCUUCUCUAUCAAUCAACACGUGGAUAGAGCUUGCUAGUGAUAAAGAAGACAGGAUCACAGAAGCUAUAGCAAGACUACUGGUGUCUAAUGUUGUCACUACAGACAAUAAAGAUUCAUUAGUCAAUCCAAAUGAGGUACUUUUUCCACUGGAAGAUAAUUUGACUUUAUUGAACACAAUACUAACAGAUGGCAAUGAUGAACAGAUUAUUACAAUAUCAGAUUUUAUCAAUAUACUAACUAGUAAAGAAGUGUUGAGAGUAGUAAAGGAUAAAGUCAAUGCUUUUAAUGUUUCUUAAAUACUAUAGGCUUAAAGACUAGAUAUACAUGUACAUGUAAUUAUAAUGAUAAGAUUUAUUGUCAAGACAGGCCAGUCAUUAGCAGAAAGAGCUGAUACUUUUAUUAACUGUAUAAUGUCAGUAGUUGAUGUGUCAGUGUCCUGAUCAGUUUGAGGUGUUUCUAAAUAUUGUAAUGAACAAGGGAAACAUUGCUUUUGUGAGGACAGCUGAACUAAUCUCUCAGUGUUUUAAUAGAAAAGUACCUGAACAGUGUUGUACAAGCAAUGAGAAGCAAAUUAGACUAUAUUUGAUAAUUAUUUUUACAUGUUUCUUUUUUUUAAUUUCUUUAACUUAUUUCACAAUAAUAUCUCUGUACUGCAAUGGA